AUGUCUCUCAGCUACACCAUCUCGGUGGAAAACAACCGCGGCGCCAACACAAACUAUGCCGUGUUCAUGGAGCCACCCGAGUUCACCAGGACCCGGGAAACCUUUAUGAACGUCUGGUUCACCUCGUUCGUCCCCUAUGGCGGAAACUUUGAAGUCCGCACCGGAAACGACUACUUUCCCUGGGUCGGAACCGUGCCCACGCGCCCGGCACCAGGAGUCAUUGUCAACAGCGGCAUGAGCCUGCUGGGCAACCUGGGCACCAGCUCGUCUCCCGGAAGCACCUUUGACAUGAAGGUCAUUGAGAACUUCCCCACCCUCACCGAAGUGAGCCCUACUGCUGUCACUGGCGCAGUGCAGGUCAACACCGGCGAUGACUUUAGCGUGCCCAACAACACGUACCUGGUUGGGCUGGCCAAGGUCAACAACCGCGGCCAAGUCGCGCCCGUCGCGUCGAUUGCGCCGAUAAACAACGAGAAGAUUCAAAUCUCGCCCAAGAUGAAGUUCUUGGUCAGCGAGAGCCAGCAGGUGCCUGGCGAGAUCGUGGACUACUCGGCAGUGGCUAGGGACGGGGCCGUCAUUGACUUUGCCGACGGCCCAGGACGGGGCAAGUACUAUGCGCGUGCGGCCCAGGGAAGCGACGGAAGGUUCACCGUGACCUACUACGACAACUUUGGGGACGAUUGA